AUGAUCGGUAGACCAUCAAUGGCCCAUUCACUCAGUCAACAGGAAGAGAAAGACACUAAAACUUCUAUCACAGAAGUCAAGAGUCCCGUGCUCACAACCGUUCUCUCAUUGGAGGGGGAACUUAUUGAAAUCAACGAGAAAGACGCUGACCAAGCAUUUCAGUAUGCAUUGGACACCAUAAAUCUAGAAUUAGAUCCAGACGUUGAGCGUAAGCUGAUUCGCAAAAUCGACUGGAUGAUUCUACCAAUCGUGGUUGCGCUUAUGUCUUGUCAGCUGAUGGACAAGACGACCAACUCUUAUGCUUCCAUCAUGGGCCUUCAAUCAGAUCUUAAAAUGACGGGACAGGUGUACUCGUGGGUUGGUAGUUCGUUCUAUUUCGGGUAUUUGGUUUUCGAAUUUCCAGCUAAUCUUCUUCUGCAGCGUUUUCCAUUAUCGAAGACGCUAGGUACUGCUGUUAUCAUCUGGGGAAUUAUAUUAAUGUGUCAUGCAGCGUGUUUCUCUUCUGCGCCCUUCCUUCUUUGCCGUGUUCUGCUUGGUGUUUUCGAGGGUUUUAUGAACCCAGCUUACAUCCUUCUAACUAGUCAAUGGUACAAGAAAAGCGAACAAUUUAUGAGAUCGUGUAUUUGGUUUGGAUUCCAAGGAUUCGGUACAAUUCUCGGUGCAGGCAUUGCCUACGCCUUGGCCAAAUACGAUAACUACGCUCUCGCUUCGUGGAGACUUCUUUACGUUAUUACAGGUUCCAUCACAAUUUUCUUGGGCAUUUUGUCUAUUGUCCACGUUCCUGACAUCCCAGUUAAGGCAUGGUUCCUUAAUGAAACCGAAAAGAAAUACUGUGUGGAGAGAAUUAGAGGUAAUCAACAAGGUUUCGGUAAUCAGCGUUUCAAAAAGAAUCAGGUUAUUGAGGCCUUCACUGAUCUCAGAACCCUACUGUUCUUCAUCUACGGUAUGUCCUAUGCUAUUCCUAAUGGUGGAUUCACCAAUUUUGGCUCUAUCCUAUUGAAGGGAGACUUCGGCUUUUCCACCUACGAAGCUCUAUUAAUGAACAUGCCAGGUGGUGGUAUUGAUAUUGUUAUUCCAUUCUUGGUUGCCUGGUUAAGCUUAAAAUUCUUCAAAGGAGAUAGACUUAUCAUCUGUUUUAUCGUUAAUACGCUGGUCAUAGUUGGUAUGUGUCUCUUGAACUUUACUAACAAUAAGGGUUCUAAGUUGACUGGUUAUUUAACUUUCUACGCAGCAACAGCUGUUGUGUCUGGGAUGGUUUCUUGUAUCUCUUCAAACACUGCUGGACACACUAAGAAAGUGACAGUCAAUACACUUUUCUUAGUGGGAUACUGUGUGGGUAACAUUAUUGGUCCUCAAAGUUUUCGUGCAAACCAAGCUCCUAACUACGCUGGAGCAAAAAUUGCCAUGUUGGUUUCUUUCUGCGCGGGAGAUGUUUGUAUUGCCCUGAUGUACUGGUUGAACAAAAGAGAUAAUAAGAUUCGCGACGCUAAGCGCGAGGCUCUUGGAAGCGAAUACACUCCAGCUGAAAACGUUGAGUUUUCAGACUUGACAGAUAAGGAAAAUCCGGAAUUCAGGUAUUCCUUGUAG